GGUGUUGGAAGGUGGAAGGGAUCGGAUGGUAAACGCUUUUUGAUUUAAUCUAAAAGAUGAGGUUAUCAGUUAGUGUUUAUUUGUAAAUGAGAACGAGGAAGUACUCUCACACUCAUUAAACUACGCUGGUUUCUAAAACAAACAAAUACGCCAAAUACAAUUUACUAGCUCGGUACCUGCGGCGAAGACACAACUUUUAGCUAGUUAACCAAGUUUCUAAUAUUCAAAGGUAAAUAACGGACAUUUUAAGAAGGAAUACUUUAUUUAUUAACAUUUUUGUUUGACUUUACUUGAACUGCCCUGGGCAUUGUGCAUUCAAGUGAAUCGGCAAAAGUCUCACUCAACCGCCGUAAAGACAGCACAUUUUCGACGCACUUGAGAAGCAAAGUACCUAUUAGCUGGACUGCGAAAUUGGCGUAUUAGCGACUUGCUUUUUCUUAAAUUCUAUCUGACGUUAGCCAUCCUCAGGCUUCUUUAAAAGAUGGAAUAUAAAGUGGAGGCUCAUCGAAUUAUGAGCAUUUCUUUGGGGAAAAUAUAUAAUUCUAGAGUACAGCGGGGCGGAAUCAAACUACACAAAAAUCUGCUAGUCUCCCUGGUUCUUCGGAGUGCUCGGCAAGUGUAUUUGAGCGACUACUACGGCGGUGUUUGUCUGAACGCCCAGCACGUUGAAUCUAGGGAGUGGGGAGAUCGGGAGAUAAUGGACUCGGAUCAAGACAAAUUGGUCCCCGAGGCUUCUGACUGCUCAGGACCGUCCCCAUAUAACGCCCGAGAUGAGACUGUGUUGCGUACGGCAGAGGCGUCAGAGAUGUCAGACCCCACCGUGCAACUACAGGCUGAAGCAACUCCGUCGACCAGAGAGCGUCCGAGCCAGGAGGAAGCGGCAAAGUCGGAUUACAGCUGCCAAACGACCUCGGAGACGGACCGGGACAUGGUUUCUGUGGGUUCCACAAUCGGCGGCAGCGAGUUACCGGCUGCUGCUACAGUUUCGACAGAAAAUAACACUGGACUGUCCCCAAAUCAGCCAAAAGAGGACAGAGAAAGUGCUGGCGACUGCGAAAGGGUGAGCGCCAGUAGCUGCAUAGUAGCUGCCCGUGGAUCCGAUUCCCAGGAGCCCACAUCACACCACCCGGCAGCCACGGUUUCCUGUUGUACCAGGAAAAGAAGUGCCGAGAAGUCGCCAUGCACAGCUUCCCCGUUGAAAAAAACCAAACUGACUUCUACUUCUACAACCCCCGCUUCCUCAGUCAGUGAAGGCGAGGGGACCGAGGAAAUGGACACCAGUAAUGUAUCGAGUCUCAUCACAAUAUUCGGUUCCAGCUUUUCGGGGCUCUUAAGCAAGGACGGUGCUCAGACAGACACUGAGCCAGAGGACGGUGACUCAGGGUCCGGGCAAAUCGGCUGUGAACAAAUGCUUAAGAACCUUAACCCGUGGAGUACCGCCAUUGUAGCGUUUUAAUGUCUACAUUUU